AUGACAGUGACGUUUUCUCGACAACGAUCGUCAUCAGUAACUUCAAUAUCAUCAAAUCGUUCAUUAACACCAAGCAAUAACAAUAACAACGUUAAUAGUGGCACUUUUACCCUGUCAUCAGCUCCGACACCAACUCCGACAUUACAGCCACUUCAUCUCCCUCCUUUAUCUAUGUCUACUGGUAAUGACCAAAAUCCGCAGCAUGUAUUACCGAGUCAAAUUACCCCACCAUUUUUAGUAGUGCCAGUAUCAGUAUCAGGACCAACUUUAUCUGAAACAAGAACGUCAACUACAACCACAACCGCAACCACAAACACUACCACUACCACUACCGCAGAUACAAACCCAGUACACACAUUACCAUCGACAACAAUCGCACCACCACUACCGUCAGCAAUUUCAUCUUCAACUAGUAAUACUUCAACAACUCCAGUGCUCCCAGUAACAAACCCUACUCCAACUUCUGUACGAAGUAUGUCUAUUGUUAGUUUGGAUAGAAGUCCUCGAAAUUCAAUUGUAUCAAUUGAUGACAAUUUACGUUCGCAUACCAGAAAUAACAGCACUACCAGUUUGGCAUCAUUGACAAGUCAUCCGGCAGCAGUACAUGGGUUAAGUUCUGUUAAUCUGCCCCAUCCUUUAAACCCUUUACACACUCAUCAUAAACAAAUGAGUAAUAGUAGCGCCAUUAUAUCGGAUGAUGAUUCAGAAUUGGACCAGACAACACCAUCAAGAACAAUAUUAAAACCAAUUCGUCGACUUAAAAGAAGAAGCAAUAGUAAUGAUCCCAUUAAUCGAGAUUUCAAACUUAAAUUUGAUGACAAAAGUGUACAUCAUGUAAAUCAACCACAGCAACACCAACAACAACCCGCUUCUCCUACUUUAAUGGCCACUAACCCACAAAGUCUCAAUGCAAGUCCAACCUCAGUUGCUCUGUCACGAUUUCAAGACCUUGCCCCAAUCACUAUGGGGAAUAAUCCCAACAAUACAAAUCCACUGCUAGACUCUAAAAAUUUGAAAAAACUAAAAUCAACAAAUUCAAUUCAACAAUCAAUGUAUAUUAAACGUAAAUUGGCAAUUUCAAAAGAUUUACAACUUGAAUAUUUCAAUAGUGUUUCCCAUAAUAAUAGUAAUAAUAAUAACGGACAUUCACUAACCACAAAUGCACCUUUGUCAUCAUUAUCAUCACCAUUAUCAUUGUCAUCUUCAUCCCCUCCACCUCCACCACCGUUAUCUCCACCUUCAUUUUCAAGUGAACUAUUGGAUUCCAAAUUUUUUCCUCCUUUACCACUGACAUUAAUGUCUCGGAAAUUAACAUCAUCACCUCCAAUCCCUAUGUCAUUGAUUCCUCCAAAUCAACCAAUUUUGCAAACUUUACAAGAACAAAAUGAAUUGAUUAUUAAAUUGAAUCGACGUUGGAAUAAAGCUAGUGUUAAUGAAUCCAAUAAGGGGAAACAACCUUUAAAACCAGACAAUCCAGGAUCUCCAAUAUCAGCUGGUCUGAUGAGAACCACAACCACAAUCACAACUACAAGUAGGUUACCACCAUCUACUACUACCACUAUUAAUAAUAAUAAUAAUAAUAAUAAUAAUAAUUCUGAUACUGCUACUAUUGCAACUACAAAUACUUCACGAAAACGAUCACGACAAGUUCUUCUUGAUGAAGAUUACGAAUAUCACAGUUAUGACGAUUAUAAUUACGAUAGUUAUGAUGAUUAA